AGCUAACAUUUAGCUGGCCUUGCGCGGAAAUUCAAUUCGUCUGCUUUUCCAUGGCGCUUCUUCAGCUUUGCGGCACAGCGCCACGUCUCCUCCCUUCCCGCCACCGCUUCCCGGUCAGCGGCGUCUUUGACCGUCGGAGCGUCCUUUUAGCUAGAGAGACGAAGUUCGAACUUUCUAACUUGUCUUUGAAGAAUCGAUUUGCUACUGCUCGCUUUGCUCCUUUGAGAUGCGCUUCCGUCAACGGCUAUUCGACGGAGAACGGAGCUGGGAGGAUUGAUGUUGACGGAGCACUAGGAGAGGAGGAUGGAAAUGAGGAUGAGAUGCACCAACGGAUUCGGAAUUUCAUCGAGUUCCUGCCGUCAAUUUUACCCGGGGGGAACUGGUGGAGCUUAUCCGAUGACGUGGACGUGAAACUCGUGGCGGAGCCGGUGACCGUGUGGAAGGCGCUAGGGCGGAUGUGGCAGCUGGUGGCUCAGGAUCGUUGGGUCAUCUUCGCCGCGUUCUCCGCCCUAAUUCUGGCUGCGUUAUCAGAAAUCUCCAUACCACAUUACUUGACGGCGUCGAUUUUCACGGCACAGAGCGCCGACGUUACGACCUUCCACAGGAACGUCCGGCUGCUGGUUCUGCUGUGCGCUACUUCCGGGAUAUGCAGCGGGUUAAGAGGUUGCUGCUUUGGCAUUGCGAAUAUGAUCCUUGUGAAGCGGAUGAGAGAAACUCUUUACUCUUCAGUUCUUCUUCAGGAUAUUUCAUUUUUCGACAAUGAAACAGUUGGUGAUCUGACGAGCAGGCUUGGAUCGGAUUGCCAACAAGUGUCUCGGGUUAUUGGGAAUGAUCUUAACCUAAUCUUGCGAAAUGUUGUGCAGGGUACAGGUGCAUUGACCUACUUGCUGAUCCUGUCUAGGCCGCUUGGUCUGUUUACAGUAUUCAUAUGCUCAGUUUUAGCCGCUGUAAUGACAGUCUAUGGCAUGUAUCAGAAGAAGGCAGCAAAACUAACCCAAGAUUUCACAGCUUCUGCCAAUGACGUGGCUCAAGAGACAUUUUCUUUGAUCAGGACAGUUCGUGUUUAUGGAACUGAAAUGUUAGAACGUGAAAGGUACAAUUUUUGGCUGGACAAAUUGGCUGAUAUCAGUCUCAAACAGAGUGCUGCAUAUGGAUUUUGGAACUUGAGCUUCAACACACUUUAUCACUCUACUCGGGUCAUUGCUGUGUUAUUAGGAGGCAUGUCUAUUCUUGCUGGUCAAAUUACAGCGGAGCAACUCACGAAGUUCAUAUUAUACAGCGAAUGGCUAAUAUUUUCUACUUGGUGGGUGGGAGACAAUUUAUCAUCUCUCAUGCAAUCUGUUGGCGCUAGUGAAAAGGUCUUCAAAAUGAUGGAUCUCUUGCCAAGUGACCAGUUCGCGACAAAAGGAUCACAGCUACAAAAGCUGAGGGGAAGCAUAGAAUUCGAAAACAUAUCUUUCCAUUAUCCUUCUAGAGAGUCAGUGCAGGUACUGCAACAUGUAAACCUUACCGUACAUCCUGGGGAAGUGAUUGCAAUAGUUGGUCUUAGUGGUAGUGGGAAAAGCACUCUGGUGAAUUUGUUACUCCGCCUGUAUGAGCCAACAACUGGUCAGAUUUUGAUUGAUGGCAUUCGCCUUCAAGAACUGGACAUCAGAUGGUUUAGGGAAAGAAUUGGGUAUGUUGGCCAGGAACCCAAACUCUUCCGCAUGGAUCUGAGUUCAAACAUAAGUUACGGAUGUCCAGGAGAUGCAACCCAGGAGGAAAUCGAGCAUGCUGCUAAGGAGGCAUAUGCUCAUGACUUCAUCUCUUCAUUACCUAAUGGCUACAAAACCAUUGUUGAUGAUGAUUUGCUCAGCGGAGGUCAGAAGCAAAGAAUUGCUAUCGCUCGGGCUAUUCUCAGGGACCCUACGAUUUUGAUCCUUGAUGAAGCCACAAGUGCACUGGAUGCCGAGAGUGAGCACAAUGUUAAGGGAGUCAUUCGUUCCCUUAGAAGUGACUCAAUGUCAAGGAGAACUGUCAUAGUGAUCGCGCAUAGGCUCUCAACCAUACAAGCUGCUGAUCGCAUUGUCGUUAUGGGUAAUGGUCAAGUUAUCGAGAUGGGGAGACACAAGGAAUUGCUGCUUAAAGAUGGAUUGUAUGCUCAAUUAACCAGAAGACAAGCCGACGCAGUGGCCUAAUUCUAUGUAGUGCAGAUUACUCCCGUUGGUGCACUGGCAUAGCAAAUUAAGCUGUCUUGAACAAGCCUUCUUUACCUCCUAUGGUCGUACUACUGAGGUAAAAAGAGGCAUUUCCGAAGUAAAUGUAAAAUGUGUUGGAAGUAAGAAGAGCACAAUAUUAGCGGAAGGUAUGUGAGGGAUCCAAAUUGUAUCCUUCACUAGCUUUGAAUCCGGUCAAAGUGAUCUUUUGAAGAUAAUUUAGUUUGUCUUAAACACACAUGAAAUUUUUGUGUAUUAUGAUUUUACAAAACUAAAUGUUGUUAUGGUCAGUAAUUUAGUAGAAUAAGAAAUGUGUCUUGUAAAUUUUGGUAGUGCAUGAGUCAUUUGAUGGUAUAUAAUUUAAUGAUAUUGAUCAAGUGUAGUCAAUGUCGAAUUUGAUCGUGAUCACAUUUUUUGAAUCCUUUUUUCCAGCAUGUAUUAAAAUGAAUAUCAUUGUGUAGA